AUUCCCACUGUUCCACGUUUGUUAUCUUAUCUACGGUUGUUACGUAUCUGGUAAUCAGACUUCAAAACCGUGCCACACCUCUCGGUUGGGAAGUAGAGAGCAUCUUGCGCCGGGUGUCUGAUUGAAUUGUGCCCGACAUCUGUGUUUAGUUAGAGGUGAGCAAGUGCCAAAGCUAAUAUUUACCCCUGCACGACUUGAUAACAGCAUAUUAGCGGUCAAAUUAGCAUUACUCUGCCUGAGGUCUCUUUAAUCAACGGAGUUCUCCGGAACAAAACGAUCUCAGAAGAUUGAGUCUUUUUUUUUUCAACGAUGAAGUUUUCCUAAAAGACCCUGGGCUGGUUCGAGGUCCCUAAAGUCGGCCGGCUUUCCAAGUAGACAGCAUGUUAAGAGGUCAUGACCCUUGUGCUGUCAGUCUGUUCUCAAAGGAACAAAUCUCUUAGGUUCUCCUCUCACAGUCUUGAUACAGCCGAGUACAGCAGCCAUGGCCUGCUCCAUUUUUGCCUGCAAGAGUUUGCGCAGGGGGAAGUACUUUGUGCCGCUGUUUCUCCUGCUCUCCGUGCUGGCGUGGUUGGCAGCGUUGUCCGGUGAAUCGGUGAAAACCUUCCAGGUUCACCUCGGACCCACGGGAAAAAGUCUCAGAGUUGAACUGGAUUCUCAGCUCGAAACCAGCAGUCAAACGACGACGACUGAGGAUUGCCCCGCACAGUCGCCUCUCUUAGUUGGACCCCUGCAGCUGACCUUUGACUCCUCACUGACACAGGAGGAUGUGGAGAAAGAGAACCAGGUCGUUGUCGACGGAACGUACAAACCUCCAGACUGUACGUCCAGACAGAACAUUGCCAUCCUCAUCCCACAUCGCAACCGGGAGAAGCACCUCCUCUUCCUCCUGCACUACCUGCACCCCUUCCUGCAGAGGCAGCAGCUCCACUACGGCAUUUAUGUCAUUCAUCAGGCUGGUGAUACAAAAUUCAACCGAGCCAAAUUAUUGAAUGUGGGAUUUCUGGAGGCCCAGAAAGACUACGACUGGGAUUGCUUCUUUUUCCAUGAUGUGGAUCUCAUUCCUGAAAACGACCAUAAUUUAUACAUGUGUGAGAAUAACCCCAAACACCUGGUGGUUGGCCGAAAUGUCACCGGCUACAAGCUGCGUUACAAGGGUUACUUCGGGGGAGUGACGGCCAUGAACUCGCGGCAGUUUCUCCAAGUGAAUGGAUUUUCUAAUAAUUACUGGGGCUGGGGAGGAGAAGAUGACGAUCUGAGAAUCAGGACGGAGAUCCACAACAUGACCAUCGUGAGGCCGCCGGCCGACGUGGCUCGCUACACCAUGGUGUUCCACUCGCGGGACAGUGGCAACGAAGUCAACAAGCAGAGGCUGGUGUUGGUGAGGAGCACGAAGAGGUUGUGGAAGAAGGAUGGACUCAGCAGCUGCAAGUAUCAGGUGUUGUCACUAGACAGGCUGCCUCUUUAUGUCAACAUUACCGUGGACAUUGGAAAGCCUUUUAACUGACGUUUCCAGCUCCACACAAACUGUGACCAAAAAAAACUAUUUUCUUGAAUUCUUUCUUUUGUUUUUUUUGUUACAAUUGUACCAGAGGAUGGAGUUUUCCUACCGUUAAUGGAUUUAUUGCGAUAUGUCAUCAAAAUGAACUGCUUAUCUGUUAAAAAAUGUCUGAAAUGCAUUUUGUUUUCUCACAAAUAAUUCACACAAAAACAAGCAAACAAGUUUCAUGUUUGUUUGUUUUUUUUUUCACAGUGUUUGAUUUUAGUUCCCUCCAGAUUUUCUAAAACACGUUACACAUUUCACACAGAACUUUUAUCUUCAAGAAACUGUCUGAAGUUUGAAAUGUCAAAGGCCAAGAGGUUAAUUUAAAAAUUAAAAUUAAAAUAUAUAUAUAUGUAUACUUUAUGGGUUAUAUUUAUACAUGUUUACCCGGUUUACCCGGUUUAUUAUUGUUUAAAACACUGAAUCAGCUCUAACGUGUGAAUGUGUUUUGCCACUGUUGACACAGGGGGUCGGCGUGGCCAGCAUUGUAACAACAACAAGUAUGAGUGUGCACAACCCCAGAGCCCAAAGUAGCUGUAAUUUUUUUUUUUUUCCGAAACAGAACGUUGUGUGCGACUUUGUCUGUGGCGUCAGGAACCUUUAUGUUGUGCUCAAAAUAGCAUUACCAGCGCAGCGCAACAUGACCCUGUUCUUUACACUGGAGGCUGCUGUUGUUCAGUUCAGUAACAUGUAGCAUGACAUCCUGUCAUAAUGAAACUGAAGCAACUCAAAUAUAGUUUGAUCCACAAAUAUACACAGUACUCUCUGUCAGGUGACACAGUAACUGCGUCGUGUCCUCCCACAGUGCCAUUAAACCAUCACAAAUUAUUUACUUACCCUUUUUCAAAUUGUAGUUAUUGAGGGCAGACAUUUUCUGUAUUUUAGAUUUAUAUACCCUAUUUUUUUGUAGGAAAAUGUGUUAAAAUCUUCAGACAUCAGUUUGACAUGUCAGACUGUUUGGUGGUGGGUUCAACUUUAAAAAAAAAAAGAAA